CCAGUAUAUAUUGUGGUCCUUAUUUCCCUCAAACAGAAACCUGUAAGUCAAUAUUUUCUAUGGCCUGGACAAACAACAACUCAGGCCAUAUUCACAGUACAAAAUCUCCUCUUUGGCACUUGUCAUUUUACUGGGGCAGAGACACUGUUUUUCUCUUCCCGUGUUGGCCUGGAAAUAGCCGAGGAAUGUACGCGUUGGGUUUGAUCUUUGUCUUUGUUUUGGCUAUUCUUGUUGAGUUCUUCGCAAAUCUUAAGUUGGUAAAACCUGGAUCAAACCGGGCUGCAGCGGUUUUCUUCCAGGCCGGGGUCCAAGCAAUUCGAGCCGGUUUUGCUUAUUUGGUAAUGCUGGCUGUUAUGUCCUAUAAUGGAGGAGUUUUCAUUGCAGCCAUUUUGGGCCAUGCAGUUGGUUACGUGAUUUUUGGAAGUCCCAUUUUCAAAAAGGAUAUGGACAGAUAAUUGUGUAAUUUUUGGAACGAAAGUAAUUAUUUAACUUAUUAAGCAUUGUUUUUACCAAAAACAAGAUAAAGAAAGAAUGAUGGAUCAACAUACAGAUUAAUGUUUGUUCUGUUUUUAUUUUCCAGUUUUUUUGAUUGGUUUAUGGCUAUUUGAGAGAAAUUUGAAGCUUGCAUAUCGAAUAAAUGUUUAUGUGCCAAAUAUAUGAAUAAAAGUUGCAAUUUUGUA